AAUAUCGCUCCGGAAAGUUCCGAGUCAGGGAGAGAAAACAAGAUACGGACAGGGAAAGACGGGGGCAAACAAAGGGGCUACGAUAGACACGAUGGAUAAUCGCGUAUUGUCCUAUAUUCACUGGACUCUCAGUGAAUUCAAGUGCCAGUGAGACACAAGCAAAUUUUCAUUGCCUCGAGGAACACCAAGACCACGGUUAUGAUAACGAGUGAUUAUCUUGGGCACCUCUGGGUUGGUAGUCAUCAGCUGUAGAGGAAUACCGAGUCAGCUGAUGUCUAGUGAAUAGUGGCAAUGGUUACCUCUCUAGUGUGUCAAUCUAACUCCCAAUUAACGAGACAGUGAUGAGCACUCGUCGAAGUCAACAACGGUGAGCAGGGAAGAAUUGGAGGCCCCAUAGGGACGACGUCAUUGUCAGGCGACUUGUUACCUCAGGCAAAGUGACUACUUUACAUUUAAAAAAAAUGGGUAAUUGUCUGAAAAGUGGGAGCAGCGGCCAGAAUGACAAUGCGAAUCUCCUGACUAACAGUUCGGACCCAGGAGUGACAGGCAGUUCGUCUCAGGAUCCUCUCAGUGCUCGAGCAAUGCCUUACAACGAAAUGAUUGACUCGCGAUAUUCGAUAGCAACAACCAGAGGGAGACACAUGCGUUCCACAGAAUCAAGUAUCGGUAUGAAUGUCGGUCAUGGUAUCGGUAGUAGUACAAUUGGUACCAGAGGAACAACAACAACAACUGGUGGACUGGUAACAUCAAAUACAAUCAAUGAUGAUGAACAGCAAGUGAGAAUUGCCAAGCGCAUUGGACUCAUUCAACAUCUACCAACACGUGAAUACGAUGGUACGAAGAAAGGUGAAUGCGUAAUAUGUAUGAUGGAACUCACUAUUGGCGAGUCUGUACGAUAUUUACCGUGUAUGCAUACGUAUCAUGCUGUGUGCAUUGAUGACUGGUUGCUGAGAUCACUCACAUGUCCUUCGUGCAUGGAGCCCGUUGAUGCUGCACUCAUAAAUUCUUAUCAUCCGACUACUUAGUUGCUCGACUGAAUUCGUUACUUCUUGGAGUAAUGCCACAAGUCCAAGUGACUAAAUCUUAUUAUGUUACUGAGUAAAUGUAGAGGGUCUCUGAUGGUAAUUUUAGGAGACUGAGAAGACGGUCAGGUAGAUUAGGAAAGGCAUACACACGAGUUGAAAUUUUUUCGUACGUGAUUACGUGCCCGACAAAUAUUCAUCUGGCUCUUUCUUCGAACGAGGUAGCUCACGACAUUAAUCAGGAGAAAUUUUAAAUUUGAUAAUUUCGGAGUAGUUGAGGAUCAUUUGAUCAGAUAAACAAAACUUUUCCAGCACCAACGAGUGUGCUCCUGUCUAGAAAAUAUUCUCUGCUAGAUUCGCAUGAACUGGAUUCAAAUAUAUUUUUUCAUAGCAGUGGAACGAAGAUUGAAUUUUUCUAGAUUUUAUUUGCAACUCAUCAACGGUAAUGUUCGGACUCAUUUGUGAAAAACUGCUUUUAUUGCUAAUAGAUCGGAACAAAAUGAAAAAUUAAAGAAAAAAACAUGAAUAAUCUAACAAGUGCGAUGAAUGUCCCGUAAAAAGUUCGAACCAAUGUCAUUUUAUUUUCAUAAAUGAGGUCGCUUACAAUAUAUUUUUCAUAGUGGAUUAAAGUCGUUUUACUAAAAAAUCUGCCGACCAAAUAAUUUAAAAGGUACUAGAUUCUGUCGUAAAGCGAAGAACAAAAUCUUAAAACUGAAAAAAAAACAGUGUAAUUUCACUAUGGCGGUGUCGAGUUGUUGACGAUUAAAACCCACCAUCCUCCCUAUAAUAUUAAACAAUAUAUAUUAUUCCCGUAAUUUGACCCUCUAUGAAUUAUGCCGGUUGUAAUUAUGAUUUAAUAAAAUAACACGGAAGAGGAACAAACAAAUGACCGCAUCUGUGGAUGCCCCCAGUUGUGAUAAGAAAUGAAACUAACAAGAUGAUUUAAAUAAAUAAACCUGCACGCUGCUAUACAGGCAUUGUUUCCAAGUAAAUAUUAAAAAAUGCUCGUAUGAAUGCUUGGCUUACUACAUUUAGUUGUAUUAAUAAUCGUCAUUGAAAUACUUUAUAUAACAGUUAAGGUGAGAAUGGAAGAAAAAGAGCUGUGAAAUAGUGAUUUGUUGAUAAAAAUUAAUUAUAUGAACACUAGCUGUACGAAUUCAAUAGAAAAUUUAAUACAAAUGAGUGAGUCGACCGAUGUGAAUUGCAAUGAUAUUGAACUAUUGGCACUGAUUAAUUUACCUGUAUCUAUCAAAAUUGUAUAUAAUAUAUGGAGUACCAUGUACGAUAACAAUUACAUAUUGGAGAGAAACAAUAAAAACUUGGAAGUAAUUUAA